GGAAGACUCGUUCAUGGAAUCAGAUGCUUUAUAGUGCCUAGCAAGUAGCAAACUGCACCUCCUGCCCGUCACCUAGGAAAGCGCUCUUGGCCAAAAUGGAAAACGAUGAGAUGAGCAAAGUAACUGACGCCACCGGCAAAGUAGACCACUCCAUGGUGGAGACGCAUGAAGCCGUUGAGGGGCAAAAAUACGGGUUCAUUGAAGGGAAGGUUGAUUGGAGGGGAAGACCUGCCGUCCGGGGGCGCCAUGGUGGUGUUGGCAAUUCUUUCUUCAUCCUUGUGAAUUUUGGACUUGAGAGCGUCGCCUCUCUGUCUCUAGCCGUGAACCUUAUCAUGUACUUCAUGUUGAUCAUGCACGUCGGACUGGCCGAUGCCUCCAACCUGCUGACCAACUACAUGGGCACCAGCUACAUGAUCGCCGUGCUCAUCACCGUCUUUGCCGACACCGUUAUCGGCCGGUACCAGACUGUGAUCAUAUCAUCACUCAUCGAGCUCGUGGGACUCUUGCUGCUAACGCUGCAGGCCCACUCCCCAAAGCUGAAACCGCCGGAGUGCUUCUUCCCGGCGCCGACGUGCCAAAAGGUGAGUGGCGACAACGAGGUGCUCCUCUACAUCGGGCUGUACCUGGUGGCGAUCGGGUCGGCGGGCAUCAAGGCGGCGCUGCCUGCGCACUGCGCCGACCAGUUCGACGACAAGCACCCCAAGGAGAAGCGCCAGAUGUCCAGCUUCUUCAACUGGCUACUGCUCAGCAUGUGCAUCGGGGGUGCCUUCAGCGUCACCAUCUUCGUGUGGAUCCAGAACAAGAAGGGCUGGGACAAAGGCUUCGGUGCCGCCACGGGCGUCAUGGGCCUCGCCGUCAUCGCCUUCGUCAUCGGCCUGCCACGGUACCGGAUCUUCACUGUGCAGGGCAGCAGCGCGCUCCUUGAAAUCUUCCGGGUGUACGUUGCUGCAAUCCGGAACAGGAACCUGCAGCUCCCUGAGAACCCUGACGAGCUGUACGAGAUCAGCAGAAGCAAGGCUUCUCCUGAAACGGAGUUCGUUGCCCACAGGGACAAGCCAUUCAGAUUCCUGGACAGGGCGGCCAUUGUUCAGGCACCGACAGGGGAGACGCCGAACCCGUGGCGGCAAUGCCGCGUGACACAGGUAGAGAACGCCAAGACGAUGCUGGCCAUGGUGCCCAUCUUCUGCAGCGCAAUAAUCAUGGGCACCGUUCUGGCCCAGUUCCAGACCUUCUCCAUCCAGCAGGGCGCCACCAUGGACACCCGGAUCGCCAAGCACGUGCAGAUGCCACCCGCGACGCUGCCCAUCAUCCCGCUGGGCAUGCUCAUCUUCGCCGUGCCAAUCUACGAGCGCCUCUUCGUGCCCUUCGCCCGCCGCAUCACGGGCCACCCAAACGGCAUCCCUUACCUGCAGCGCGUGGGGGUCGGCCUCGUGCUCUCCAUCCUCUCGAUGUGCAUCGCGGCCAUCGUGGAGAUGCGACGCAAGAGGGUCGCCGUCCGGCACAACAUGCUGGACGCCAUUCCCCAAUUGCAGAUGCUGCCCAUGUCCUGCUUCUGGCUCGCCCCGCAGUACGGCGUGUUCGGCAUCGCCGACAUGUUCACCCUCAUCGGCCUCCUCGAGUUCUUCUACUCGCAGGCGCCCCCCGCGCUCAAGUCCAUGUCCUCGGCGUUCCUUUGGUGCUCCAUGUCGCUCGGGUACUUCUUGUGCACCAUCCUCGUCAAGGCCGUCAAUGCCGCCACCAAGAACUACACGGCCAGCGGCGGCUGGCUAGGCGGCAACAACAUCAACCGGAACCACCUCGACCUCUUCUUCUGGCUGCUCGCGGUGCUCAGCUUCCUCAAUUUCCUCAACUAUCUCUACUGGUCCAGCUGGUACAAGUACGUCAAGCCUCAGGAACAGCCGGAUCAUGUGGUCGUACCAGUAGAGCAGCAGCAAGUGUGACCAACAAGGGUCGGUGGUCUUGCUAGGAAUUCCGACUUGCUAGCCUGCGACCCCUCUGAUAAGGUGCAAGCUUAAGUACUGUUUUUGAAUGUAUGUGUGUUUUUUGCUCUUGAAGUUCAUCCAGCUUGUUGUUAUCGUGUUGUCGUUUAGAAGCAAUUUUCUGUUUAAUUUGAUAGCUACGAAGUUACAGUUUUUCUGUCA